UGUCAACAGUAUUGUAUAGCAAACGUUGCUAUAGUUGUCGUCGACCGAUUGAACCGUUACCGAUGAUAUGGACAACAAUUAUUAAAUCUAAAAUACCUGACCUGUGUUUAGCUAAGGCAAUGAUGACGACUAUGACGACAACUGAUAAGAUAGACAUUCAAACAUUAAGGGACAGACAUAUGAAAUCAAUACUCUUAUUACAAACGUUUAGCCUAAACAAUAGUACCGAUUAUCUAUCGCACGGAACGGGUGUUUUGGUAGACAAUAGGGCAAACCUUGUACUGACUAACUAUCAUGUUGUUCGCGGUUUGGUUAACGUGUCGGCAGUUUUCAACUUUUCCUAUCGUGUCGACCAAUGGACAGACUUUCCCAGUGAGAAGGGAGAGUGGAAGGUGGAGUCGACUGACACAACAAUAGCUAAAGUACUAUACGUUGAGCCGCACAGGGAUUUGGCACUCAUACAGCUUCAGCAUAUGAUUACAGGUGCACUGCCGGCAAUGCAAUUAUCAGAUCGUAGCCAACAAUUAGGCGAACCGGUAGUUUUUAUGGGUACAGCCCGCGGUCUGCCGCAUACUAUGUGCGAAGGAAUCGUCAGUACAGUUACGCCAUUGAAUAGGAUAUCGUUUACCAGUUUUGUACCGCUGGCCGACCAGAUGUCAGCCGACGAACAGUUUGUCAUACACUAUCCCGAUACGGCUCCCGGUUUUUCGGGUAGUCCUAUGAUCGCUGCCGCCGACGACGACUAUAAUAUUAUUGGCAUUCAUUUUGCUGGACUGGCACUGGGAUCCAAACCGCAGGUUACUAUUUCGGGUGCCAGUGUUAUCGAGUUUAUGAAUAAUGGCUACAAUUAUGCCAAUUCGGUGACGGCAGACAAUCAGAUAACUGAGCGCUUAAAACGUUAUAAACCAGUAGUAGUAGUAUCGGGUAGUAGUAAUAUAAUAGGCAUUGUUUUGGCCAAUGAUAGCAUCAAUGGUUUUGUUGUUACCGAUUUUUUACACCAUUACACCAGUGAUAUAUUUGAACUUCAAGUAAAUGAUGUGAUUAUUGAGAUCAAUGGCCAAAUGUUUAGUAAUAUACGGCAAUUAAGUGAUAUAAUCAAUGAUCCGGAUAUUAUAUACGGAUUGGAUGAUGAUUUUGACGAUGACUUUGAUAUGACACCUGUGAUUAAGUUGAAGAUUAGGCGAAACAAUGGGGAAAUGUCGGCGAAAGUGGGUUUUAAAGAUAUUAGAGAUGAUAUGCCAUCAAUAUUUUGA